CGUCCGUCCUGCAGUUCCCUGAAUCCAGAGGGUGACCAGGCAGCCCUCGUGGGCCCGCACCAUGGCCACCUGCUGGCAGGGCCUGUGGGCCUAUCGCUUCUACCUGAUCGUAUUCUUCCUACCCAUUUUCCUGCUGCCUCUGCCCAUCCUCGUCCCAACCAAGGAAGCCUAUUGCGCCUACACCAUCAUCCUCAUGGCGCUCUUCUGGUGCACCGAAGCGCUACCACUGGCCGUCACUGCCUUCCUCCCCGUCAUCAUGUUCCCCAUGAUGGGCAUAAUGACUGCUUCCACGGUCAGCCUUGAGUACCUGAAAGAUACCAACAUCCUAUUCAUUGGGGGGAUGAUGGUGGCCCUCGCCGUGGAGAACUGGAAUCUGCACAAACGCAUUGCCCUCCGCGUGCUCCUCAUCAUCGGGGUGCGGCCCGCCCUGCUGAUCCUGGGCUUCAUGUUGGUUACGGCCUUCUUGUCCAUGUGGAUCAGCAACACGGCCACCACCGCCAUGAUGGUGCCCAUCGCCCAUGCCGUUCUGGAGCAGCUUCACAAGAUGCCCACAGACAGGGAUGUUGAGGAGGGCAGGAACAACCCCGCCUUUGAACUCCAGGAACAGAAGGAAGAGACCAAGCUUGAUGAGAAAGACAACAAGCAGGAUCACCCUGCUCCACCGACUCCUUCGGAGUCCAAGACACAGCAGAACAAGGAGCAGCUCCGCUUCAGCCAGGGCCUGAGCCUGUGUGUGUGCUACUCGGCCAGCAUCGGGGGCAUCGCCACCCUGACCGGCACCACCCCCAACCUGGUGCUGCAAGGCCAGGUCAACUCGAUCUUCCCCCAAAAUGGCAACGUGGUAAACUUCGCCUCCUGGUUUGGCUUUGCCUUCCCUGCCAUGAUCAUCUUACUGCUGCUUUCCUGGGUGUGGCUACAGAUCCUCUUCUUAGGAUUCGACUUCCGGAAGAACUUUGGCUUGGGGGACCAGAGCAGAGAUCAGGAGCGAGCAGCUUUCGAAGUCAUCCGGAGAGAGCACAAGCUGCUGGGCCCCAUGAACUUCGCGGAAAAGGCUGUCACCCUCCUCUUUGUCUUGUUGGUGGUGCUCUGGUUCACUCGGGAGCCAGGCUUUUUCACGGGCUGGGGUAACCUGGCUUUUUCCGACGAGAAUGGGAAGAGCAUGACAUCCGAUGGGACAGUAGCCAUCUUAAUUGCUGUAAUUAUGUUCAUCAUGCCCUCCAAGAUCCCAGGGCUGACUCAGAAACCAGGAAACCCAGGGAAGCUGAAGGCCCCUCCUGCCCUCCUCACCUGGGAUAUAGUAAAAAAGAAAAUGCCUUGGAAUAUCGUGAUCCUUCUGGGUGGUGGCUUUGCCCUGGCCAAGGGCAGUGAGGAAUCGGGCCUGUCGAAGUGGCUGGGGGAUAAGCUGACCCCACUGGAGAGUGUGCCGCCUGCUGCCAUCGCCUUUAUCAUCUGCCUCCUGAUUGCCAUCUUCACUGAGUGCACCAGCAACGUGGCCACCACCACACUCUUCCUGCCCAUCCUGGCCUCCAUGUCGCAGGCCAUCUGCAUCCACCCUCUCUAUGUCAUGCUCCCCUGCACCCUUGCCAGUUCCCUGGCCUUCAUGCUGCCCGUGGCCACCCCGCCCAACGCCAUCGCCUUCUCAUUCGGAGGCCUCAGAGUGACAGACAUGGCCCGAGCGGGAUUCAUGCUCAACGUCAUCGGGGUUCUGGUCAUCACGCUGGCCAUCAACAGCUGGAGCAUCCCCAUGUUCGACCUGCACAACUUCCCCUCCUGGGCCCAGUCCAACACCACAGGCCUCUGCGGGGUCAGCCAGGCAAACGUCACAACAUCUAGCCCCUAGUCCAAGGGAUAAUCUGGCCCAAGCCAGAAAGACCCACCUCGUUCCUACUCCUGUGAGCUGGGAGGGGACACCAGGCUCCAAGCCAAACGUUGAAAGGCACAUGUAUAUCUAACCUCAUGUGUGUGUGCAAGGAAGAGGUAUGUGAGCUCAGUCCUGUGUGUCUGAGGAAAGUGUGUGUAUGUACAUGUGUGUGUAUGUGUAAAGAUGGUGUAUCAUGUGAGGAUGUUUGGCGAGGGGGGAUAGUGUAUGUGCACAUGAUCCGAGGUGUGUACACUUGACCGCGUACGCGUGUGAGGUCACAGACAUGACAAUGUGCUCUGUCUGGCAUUCCAGGUCUUUGUCUCCCCAGCUUGGUGGGCGACCAGACCCCUUUGUCCUCUAUUUAUUGAAACUCAGGGUUAGAGCCGCCUGGGCAGCAAAGCCUACCAGCGGUUGUCAUGGCAACAGUCUCUGGGACCGGCCCAACAUACUGAGUUCUCCCCAGCCUCUCAGGUUUGGGGGGAGGGUUCAAAUAUCAGCCCCAUUAAAGUCUUGCUGUAGAGUG